CGAAGCCCGUCACGCGCAAAGGCUUGACCUGCAUGGCAUUUCCCAGCUCAGGGACUCUCGGCGGCGGUAGAAUUAUUACGUCGUCCCUCACUAGCUGCCCGCUAGCCUCGCCCGACCGUCACCACGGUCCCUAUCGUGAUCACCGCCCCUCUUCAUUACCAUUACCAAACGUCCCUCUUCUCCCCUCUCCCCUACCGCUGGUUUACUCCGUUCUUUUCUGCCAGGAAAGACCCAACUCCGUUGCUCGAUAUUCACCCUCGAUAAUUCCGCAGCUUCCGGUCUCGCCGGACAACCCUGCCCACCAUGUUCGCCUGGGCAAAGAAGACGCUCGCCGAUGCUGUCGGUACCGAGGAACCCAUCUAUGGGCCCUCCGCGAUCCAGUCCGUCGCCGAAGAGGCCAAGACAACCCCUUACACCGAGCUUACCAGAGACGACAUGAAGUGGAUCGUCAUGAACUCAACCUCUGUUGAGACCAUGAGUUUCUACCUGAUGUCCGACAGCGGCCACCUCGCCCUUGCCCAGGUCAUCUAUAGUAAUGUGGCCGGCAUCCGCACCACGGUCCAGUUCAACACAAAGGUCUUCUACCCCGACGGAUCAAAGCCGCACCUCUGGUCCUCGACUCCCCUCUCGGAGCACGAGUUCAGCGAGGACAAGACCGCCUUCUACGCCAAGGACUGCGCCGUCGAGCUUUCCGAGGAUGGCAAGAGCUACAGCAUCAAGUCGAUGAACGACCAAAAGGCAAUCGUCAACCUGAAGGUCACGCAGUCCGCGCCCGGCUUUGUCGUCGGAAAGAAGGGAUUCAGCUACUUUGGCACCGACCCGGCGAAUCCGUGGGGCUCCAUCAGACACGCCUUCUGGCCCAGAUGUGUGGCAGAGGGCACCAUUCUGACUCAGGACGGUCCGAUUGACUUCAAGGGCAAGGCUUUCCUCUCGUUUGCGAUCCAGGGCAUGAAGCCACACCACGCCGCCGCCCGCUGGAACUUUGUCGACUUCCAGGGCCCUACACAUUCUGCCAUCCUCAUGGAGUACACCACACCACCGUCGUACGGCUCGACCUCCGUCCCUGUGGGCGGUGUAGCCAAGGACGGCGAGAUCAUCCUGGGCGGCGCCUCAUGCUCAAUAACACACACCAAGACCCUGCUCGACGAGGAGACUGGCUGGGCUGAGCCUGCCGAGUCCAAGUAUGUCUGGACUGGCACGACCAAGGACGGGAAGCCUGUGGAGGUUGUCAUGGAGGUUGUGCUGGAGAAGAGGCAAGACCGUGUCGACAUUAUGGACGAGGUCCCGGGUUUCGUCAAGAAGAUUGUCGCCGGCGCUGUCGGCACAAAGCCGUACAUCUUCCAGUACAUUCCCGUGCAGAAGGCUGCGACGUUGAAGCUGAAGGUCGACGACCAGGAGGUCACUGAGGAGGGCCAGCUGUUUGUGGAGGCGACCUUCAUCUCGGGCAUGGAGGGAUCUAGCUAGAGGCGCAAAUCCAGGAGAUGAGGAGGGCUGCUUGAGCACUGUGUGGCGCGUUGAGAACAAGAUGAGGCAGACGGCGGGAGGCGACUCUCUUUGGUAACUUCCCUAAGACCAUAAGCAUACGCUUCGUACAGUAGAUUUCAAACACGGCUGCGUUUCCGUCUACACCAAGCUCCCGUUCCCUAAGGUACGCUUACUGACGCGAAACUGGCUGGCUUGCAUGAACACCUCCGUUUGCCCA